UAGGGGCGUAUCUACUUCAGCCCCACCCGAUUUAGGUUAGGGAGAACGCACAAAACUGUCAGUUCUGCUGUCAGAAUGAGUGAAGACAAAGGAGAAGAGACCCGUGGAAGAACAGUGAAUGAACUGCAGAGAGACUUCGCAGAGCUAAACAACCAAUUUGAACACGUGAAAAGACAAAAGGACAAAGAUGUGGAAGAAGCAAAGGAGAAGGCUAAGGAGGAGCUUAAAAGAGAACACGAGGAGGAGAUGAGAACCCUAGAGAAAAGAUUAAGAGAAGAGCAAGGAGAAAAGUUGGAAGAACAAAAGAGACAGCACCAUACUGAUGUGGAAGAGGCAAAGGAGAAGGUUAAGGAGGAGCUUCAAAGAGAACACAAGGAGGAGAUGAGAACCAUAAAGGACAGAUUAAGAGAAGAGCAAGGAGAAAAGCUGGAGGAACAAAAGAAACAGCACCAUACUGAGCUAAAGGAACAAGAGAAGAGACUAAAAAAUGAAUUGAAGGAGAAGCUGAAGAAUGAAGUGACUAAAGAGGUAACUGAUCAAAUUGAGUCUUCUAAAAUAAAGAAGAUGACAAAGUCUAUUUUUGAAGUUGAGUCAAAGUUAGCACAAGCAGAGGCCAAAAUUGCAGACUUGAAAGAAGAGACUGCAAACUUGACACAAACCAUCCAAGAGAAAGAGAAGGAGCACCAAAAAGCCAUAGCUAAUUUGAGAAAGGAAUCACACACAGACAGCAACAGACAAAUUGAGGAAUUGAAGAAUAAAGAAAGACAGCUCCAAGCUAAAGAGAAUGAACUGGCAGCAGAAAAACGAACCAGUGGAAAGUUACAGGCUGACAAAGAAAAAUUAGAGAAUGAGCUACAACUUCAUAAAAAAGCAGUUGGGAUCAGAGUUCCUCCUCUUCCUCCACAAGAUUCCUCUACUGAUGACAGCAGCACAUCCAGUCACACUAAAACAUCAUACAAUGAGUUGUUACUGAAGAACAGUGAGCUAGGAUUCCUGGCAAAAAAACUGCAGAAAGAUGUGGAUGCACUUACAAGAGCAAAAACUGAUUUGGAAGGUGAGUUAGAGCAUAUGAAGAACGAGGUUGAGCCUCUAAGACAAAGACACAAAGACGAUAUGACAAAAAUAAGAGACCUUCAGUUUCAGCAGGACUCCAAGCAGAAACUACUAGAUAGGAUUAAAAAGGAAAAAUCUGAACUGGCAACUCAAAUAGAAGAAGUGAAGGAAAAGCAUUCAGAAGAUCUGAUUAGGAUUAGGAACAAGGAACUUAAAAUACAUGAAUUGCAGAGAUCUAGUCUUGACAAAGAUAAGAAGCUUGCUGCCCUGAAAGUUCAAGUUAAGGAGCUGAAAGAUGAAGCGGAUAAAAAAGAAAAGGAAAGUACAAUAGAAGCAAAAGCUCCUCAAAGACCACGUGAUGUUUCACCAAGACCAUACCUCACUCCUCCUUCAAGAAGAGCACCAGCUAUAGAUACUACUCUGGCUGCUAAAAGAGUUGCAGAACACAAGAAAAUGAGAGAUCUUGAAAACAAAGUGGAAGAACUAACAAGUCGGCUAGAAGAAUUGAACAUAGUUAGAAAUAAAGUUAUGGUACAAAACGACGAACUACAAGCAGCUCUUAAGAGAAAAGAAAAGAAAAUCCAGGCCCUUUCAAAGGAGAAUAUUAAGCUGAAAUCUGAGAAUCAAUUGCUUGAGGAAUCAAAGGAGAGAAGUCAAAAGGAGCUGGUCAAUGAAUGGACAACAAGUCAUAAAGACCUUGACAGAGCCCAUGCACAAAUCAACAGACUCCAGCAACAAAAAAAUGAGCUUCAAGAGAAGUUAGGGGAAGUUGAAAGGCGAACUGCAUCACCAGAUUUUGGUCCAAGGGUAUCAUCACCAUACAGAGAAAGUCCUUCACCGGUUUUGAGGGUACCAUCUCCUUCAUUCUCACCUCCUCCAUCCCAGCUCCCAGUGGCUAUUCGCAGGCUACAGUCAUCACCACAGCCAUUAGAUGAUUUCGGCAGUCAAUGGUCACUUGCAAGUAAUGAAAGCAUUUUAAAGGAACAGCUAGAGCAAAUUGAAUUUGAUAAGGAUGAAGUGAGCAUUCAAUAUGAAGAGCUUAAAACUUCACAUGGUAAACUCAAGGGCCUUCAUAAUGCUUUACGCGAGAGAUACAACUCACUGCUCACAAGAAGCAAGAACCUACACAGCAAAGCAAAACAAAGAGAGAAGGAAAGGCUUGAGUUGGAAAGAGAGCUUAGCCUGCUUCAAGCUAAACUGAAAAAUGAAUUUGAUGUCAAGAGAGAAACAAAUCUCAGAGAAAGGCUGCAGAAAAGUUUAAAGAGGAUCACUGAACUUGAGGGCACCUUGAAUGAACAGUUUGAUGAAAAUGAAAAUGGAGGGGAACUUGCAGAAAGAAAUAGACAAUUAAUUGAAAGUAAUGAGCUGCUGAUGCUAGAGCUACAAAACAAGAAAGCUGAGGUAGAUGAAAUGGAGUCAAUACUGAGAGAGAAGGUUUCAACACAAGGAGAGCAUAUAAAAGAAUUGGAGUCAAAACUAGCAGAAACUAUUGGUCAACUUGAAGGAGAAGCAGCUAUCAGUACUUCAUUAAAACAAACCAUACAAAACUUAUCUGAAGAAAAUGUUACUGGAUCUCCAAGCAAAGUAACUGGAUCACUCUCAUACAAAGCACAGGAUUGUCUUCAAUCAGUUAAUGAUACUGUACAAGAAAUUAAAAGAGUUGCAUCAGCAGAUCUAACUGGUCCAAAUGCAGCAUUGUGCAAUACUUUGGUAGAACAAGUUGAAAGGAAACUAAGUGAAGCCAACGAAUUAAUAAAGAGACAGCAAGUACCUAAACUACCUAAAAGAGAAGAAGAUGAAGAUGAAGAAGGAUUUGAUGAUACAGACAGUGCAGUGCCUUUAACCAGUGGUAAUAGUGAGAAGUUCCAAAAAUGGUUAGAAAAGUUUCAGUCAGACAAAGCAGCUCUAAAAUCAAAAGUUGCAGUCCUAGAGGAGAGACUAUCUGAAGGUUCUCAUCGUGUUCACGAGCUCCAAGGACUUGUAACAGAACUAGAAGGAAGACUGACAAGAGAGCAAAGUCUACAUGUCUCACUGCUAGCCGAGAGAGACGAACACAUCACAUCACUUUCAGAUCAAAUACAAGUCACACAGAAAGUUGGAGAGAAGGUCCUGCAGGCUUUGGAAGGUACUAAUGAAGCAGUUGAAGAAGGAGUUGACUCAGGAGCGAUUCAAGGAGAAGUUACUAGACUUGACAGUGCAGUGAAGGAGCUCCUCUCUACUGUAUAUCCAAGAGGAUCAACUCCUUAUUCUGGUGAAAGCUCAUCACUAUCUCUGCAUAUGAUAUCAUCAAUUGGUCCAUCAGUGACAACUGAUGCCUCGCUCUCUCUCUCCUCAUCCAAUCCAUCGCCAGUUAAAACAGCAUGGUCUCUUAACAACUCAUACCCAGCUGCCCCAGUUCCCAUUGAGUCUGGGUCUACUGGCGGUAAAAGGGUACCACGGGCAGGGAGAGUGGUGUCCAAGAGCCCCAAGUCACAGCUGUUUGUUGCUCUUUUUGAUUAUAAUCCGAAAUCAUAUUGUUCCACUGGUCAUCCUGAAAGAGAGCUCACCAUUAAAACAGGUGAUGUGAUUAAUGUUAUAAGUGAUAUGGAUAGUUCAGGCUACUACACUGCAGAAUAUAAAGGACAGCGUGGGCUAGUCCCUGCAGCUUUUAUACAAGCAAUGGAAAUCAGUGACAGUGAGACACAGAAAAGACUACUUGAUCAGAACCUAACACAUACCAGUAGUCAAAGUCACGAGUCCAUCGAAGUACACAAACUAGCCCCGCCCACAAUGUUCCGUGCAGAUCGACAGCCAGACGGGGACUCCCUCCUUCUCACGUGGGUACCUCCUACUCUAGAAACAGGAGGAGACCUACUAGCAACUGGAUACACUCUCUAUUGCGAUGAAGCAAAGAUAAUGGAUAUAGCCUCGGCUAACAUCAAGCAAGCAUUACUGAAAGGACUUGACCUAAACGUGCCACAUCUUCUUGGAAUAUGCACAACAAGCAAGAGAGACCUGGCAACCCCAGUCUCUUUCUCCUCAUCUAUAGUUUAUUAUAAAUAUGCUGGAAGCUCAAAGCGCUACAGAGCAAUGCGUUACUAUGAUCCUGAAAUUGACUCAGCUUCACUUUCACAGCCAAUGUCUCCGGAUACCUUAGGAGGACUAGAAGAGCUGGAGUUUGAUGAAGGAGAAAUAUUAACUGUACAUGGAAUAAUGCAUGAGAACAGUUUCUUCUAUGCUGAGCUGAAUGGACGUGUUGGGCUGGUACCGACAAACUAUCUUCAAGAGGUGAUCGAGCCUCCAACAUAAACGCCACCACACAGAAUUAGCCACACCCCUCAUUAUAGACCACACCCACUCAACAGAAUAUUAACUUAAAUACAGUAGAGAAGAUGAAAAUAAAUAAAUAUAAUUAAUGCUACUAGUAUUAUUAUUAUUGUUUGUAGUUAUUUUUAAACAGGUUUUUUUUAUAUUGAAACUUAAUUUCUGAUUCUCAAACUGACAGUUCUUAUGCUUUCACUUUUA